GGGAGAAGCAUGCAAGGGAGGAGCGUGACGCCCGCAUCAAGGAGGAGAUUGAGAAGGACAGCCGUCCUUUGUGCAGUGAGCUGUAACAGCCGGCACAAGGCCUUGGAAGUUUUUUCUUCCGCCUUACCCCGCAGUGUCAAUCUUUAGAUACCAGUCUUAGUUCAAACCAGUCUUGGUUUCUCAAGAGCCCCAUAUAUCUAGAGUUCCUGGUUAGAGCUUCGCUGAUUUGAAGCCCCUAGGUCCAUAGGUUUGCCCAGGUCUGAGCGACUCUGUUCACGUCAAAGCCGCCGUCCUCCUUCAGUUGUUUGGGCUGAACGAGUGAAGCGCCGUCCUCGCUUCCACGGCCUCCGAGCCAAGAUGUCGUCACCAGGCGGCCGCCGCUCGGUCCGCACGGCAGCGGAUCCGCCCAUGGCGCCGGAGGAAGCGCUGAAGCAUCUGAAGGAGGGCAACAUGAGAUUUGUGAAGGGAGAGCCCCAGGCGACGCGGACCAACGAGGGCAUGCGAAACGCGUUAGUGGACAUGGGACAAGCGCCACACACGGCCAUCGUGGGCUGCGCCGACUCACGCGCGCCCUUGGAGACGAUCUUUGAUGCCAUGCCUGGCGAUGUGUUUGUGCUGCGCAACGCUGGCAAUACCUGCACUCACGCAGAAGGUAGCAUGGUGGGCAGCCUGGAAUUUUGCACGGGCAAAUUGGGCGCUCGCAUGAUUUUGGUCAUGGGCCAUACCAAGUGCGGCGCAGUCUAUGGUGCCACACAUGCUUACUUGGAGGCAAGGAAAAGUGAUGUGGUUAGUGUGAACUCAGCGCUUGAGGGCCUCUUGCUGGACUUGGCUCCCGUUGCUGAGAGGGCACUGAGCGACAUGGGCUCGAGCAGUGAUGCCGAAAGCGUCGCGGCCCACGCUGUGAAGGUGAACGUCUUCCACACCAUCGACUUCUUGCUGAGAUACAGCGAAUCCAUCCGUGACAAGGUGCGGAGUGGACAGGUGGAGAUCCAAGGUGGCCUCUACCACUUGGACACGGGAACCGUGGAGUUCAUGGGGCGAUCGCCUCGGCAGACGGAACUUUUGAGCUCCACCCACCGAGGGCUUCCUCCCUCCAUGACCCGGGAGGGCGGCCGCACCAGUGGCUAUGGCCCUGCGGCUCGAGGUAUGCACGGGGUGCGAACCGCAGCAGACAGUGCUGUAGCAGCAGAUGAAGCUUUGAAGAUGCUCCAGGCUGGAAACGAGCGCUUUGCAGUAGGGGCUCCAUUGGCCAAGAAUGCCACAGCAAAGAUGCGUGAGGCACUGGUGAGCCAUGGGCAGGCUCCGCACACGGCCAUUCUGGGCUGCGCAGAUUCCCGUGUGCCCGUGGACACUGUGUUUGAUGCCAUGCCGGGUGACUUGUUUGUGUUGAGGAACGCAGGAAACACAUGCACUCACGCAGAGGGUUCCAUGGUGGGCAGCCUGGAGUUUUGCUGCGGCAAGUUGGGAUCCAAGCUGAUUCUGGUGCUUGGUCACACGCAAUGCGGAGCCAUUGCUGGUGCCACCAAGACCCACCUUGCAAGCAAGGAAGGGGAUGCAUCCAAGAAUGCAGGCUGUGCACUUGAGGGACUCUUGAUGGGCUUGUCCCGUGUGGCAAAGCAGGCUGAAAAGGAGCUUGGUGUUGGUGCUGAAACUGACAAGUUGAUUGCCCAUGCCGUGAAGGUGAAUGUCUUCACUUCCAUUGACUUCCUGUUGAAGUACAGCGAGCCUCUGAGGCAGCUUGUGAAGAGUGGCAACCUGGAGAUCCAGGGUGGGGUCUACCAUCUUGAAACUGGCCGUGUGGAAUUCAUGGGUCGUUCACCAUGCCAGGCACAGUUGCUGGCCUCCGAUUCCAGCCUGCCACCAUCCCUGCAGGCUUUGCCAAUCCGGACCACGCUGCACGGCCCAAUGCCACACCAAGAGGCGCUGAAGCUUCUCAAAGAGGGCAACGACCGCUUUGCCGUGGGCGCAGCCAUUUCCGGCCGCAUCACUCCGGCCAUGAGGAAGGCGUUGGUGAAGGAGGGACAGGCACCGCACACCGCCAUCAUUGGCUGCGCGGACUCUCGUGCACCGUUAGAAACCGUGUUUGAUGCCAUGCCCGGAGACAUUUUCGUGCUGCGGAACGCGGGCAAUACCUGCACUCACGCAGAAGGCAGUAUGGUUGGUAGCUUGGAAUUCUGUUUGGGCGCCCUGCACACAAAGAUGGUGAUGGUUCUCGGCCACACUGCUUGUGGCGCCAUCAAGGGCGCUACGAAGACUUUUUUGGCAUCCAAGAUCCCCACCAAGACCAAGGCCGCCAAAGCCCUGGAUGCGCUGCUAGAAGGUCUCAGCGUGGUGGCUUCCUCUGCAGCCAGCCAACUUGGUCCAGAUGCCACGGAACAACAGAUCGCCACCUUGGCUGUCAAACUGAAUGUUUUCCAUACUAUUGACUUCCUUCUUCAGUACAGCCCUCUGAUUCGAAGAAAGGCGAUGGGUUCGCCGGGGAAGAUGACAUGCUGACAGGACGACAUGCUGACGACACGUUGCUGAAGUCUUUCAAUUAAAAAGACGGGUGUUCAUGGAAGGCUUCGGGCUGGGAGGUCCAGGCUGGUGAGGUGGAGAUUCAGGGUGGCAUCUACGACCUCGAAACCGGCCGAGUAGAGUUCCUGGGUCAAAGCCCUGCACAAGCCGGUCUUGUCAAGUCGGAGGCGAAUUUGCCACCCUCGUUGACUAAGUGAGCUCAUUUCCGGUGUUUGAAACUGAAAGAAAGAAGCGUCCGGCUUCAUGUUCGAAGAAGACUUGGACAGCAUCCCAGCUGCCUAGAGUCCUAGAGCUUUGAUCUUCCAAGAGGAUUUUGGGCACAGCAAGGCAGACACCAAAUCUGAUUUUCCUUGAAGAUUCGUACGUUCAAAGUCCAGAUGCCUUUUGGAGGACAUUGUUUCACUGAAUUUGUUCCGCUGGAGGAGCAGCGGGCUUCCUUCGGGGCUACUGUAGGUCGAAGCAUUUUGCAGACAAGAGUGCUGCUGUUUAAGGUUUCGAAGCCAGCCUCUUUUGAAAAGCAGCUGGCAUUAUUCCGAGCCAAUUUUCAUUAAUUUUCUAGCUAUGCUUAGCUCCUGGCAUUCUGCCCUGGUGUUAUUCUCCAACAACAUCCAACAACAUCCCCAAGCUCUAUGCCUCAUGCUGUGGUAGACCGCCAGAAACUCGUGACACCUCGUGCGGACG